AUGGUGUCGCUCAAGUCGGCCAUUCUGGCCGCUACUUAUGCCGUUUCGGCUGCUGCUGUCGAUGUCUCCAUCAAGGCAUCGGGUGGCAAUGCUACCAGUGGUCACCAGUAUGGAUUCCUCCACGAGGACAUCAACAACUCUGGUGACGGUGGAAUCUACGCCGAGCUGAUCCGCAACCGAGCCUUCCAAUUCAGCCCCAGAUUCCCCGUCUCCCUCGACGCCUGGCACGCCAUCAACGGCGCCAAGCUCACCCUCAAGAACCUCACCGAGCCCCUCUCCUCCUCCCUCCCCGUCUCCGUCAACGUCGCCGGGGGCAACGGCUCCGGCGCCAUCGGUCUCGAGAACGAUGGCUACUGGGGUAUGGACGUCAAGGUGCAGAAGUACACUGGCUCUUUCUGGGUCAAGGGCUCCUACGACGGUGUCUUCACCGCCAGCCUCAAGUCUGCUCUCAACGAUGACGUGUUUGGCUCUGUCGAGAUCGAGUCCAAGGCCUCAGCCGACGAGUGGGUUGAGCACGAGGUUGAGCUCACUCCUGAGAAGGAUGCUCCCAACAGCAACAACACUUUUGCCAUUACCUUCGAUCCUGCGGGCGCUGCCGACGGCUCGCUGGACUUCAACUUGAUUAGCCUCUUCCCUCCUACCUACAAGGGCCGCAAGAACGGUCUUCGUGUUGAUAUCGCCGAGGCUCUGGCCGGACUUCACCCCAGCUUGCUUCGCUUCCCCGGUGGCAACAUGCUGGAGGGCUUGAACAACGGCACCUACUGGGACUGGAAGGACACCCUUGGUCCUCUCAAGGACCGCCCCGGUUUCCAGGGUGUCUGGGGCUACCAGCAAACCCACGGCCUCGGUCUCGUCGAGUAUCUCGAGUGGGCCUUGGACAUGGGCCUGGACGUCGUCAUCGGCGUCUGGGCCGGCCUCGCUCUUAACGGCGACGUGACCGCGAAGGAGGAUCUCCAGCCCUUCAUCGACGACGCCCUCGACCAGAUUGAGUUCAUCCGUGGACCCGUCGACUCCAAGUGGGGUGCCCGCCGCGCCGAGCUGGGCCACCCUGAGCCUUUCACCCUCGAGUACGUCGAGAUUGGCAACGAGGACUGGCUCGCCGGAUACCCUGGCGGCUGGACCUCUUACAAGGAGUACCGCUUCCCCAUGUUCAUGGAGGCUAUCAAGGCCAAGUACCCCGAUAUCACCGUCAUCUCCUCCGGCGCCACCACCGACGGUGAUGGUUUCGAGAUUCCUGCCCCCGGCAUCGGUGAUUACCACCCUUACCGCACCCCCGACGCCCUUGUCGACGAAUUUGACCGCUUCGAUAAUGACAUCGGCCACAUUGUCGGCGAGGUCGCUGCUACGCACCCCAACGGCGGCACCGGCUGGGACGGCGACCUGAUGCCCUUCCCCUGGUGGAUCGGCACCGUCGGCGAGGCCGUCUCCCUCAUCGGCUACGAGCGCAACGCCGACCGCAUCCCGGGAACAUUCUACGCUCCCGUUCUCCGCAACAUGAACCGCUGGCAAUGGGCUGUCACCAUCGUCCAGUUCGCCGCUGACUCGGCGCUGACGACCCGCUCCACCAGCUGGUUCGUCUGGGAGCUCUUUGCCGCACACCCGCUGUCGCACACUCUCCCUACCGUUGGCGAGUUCGGCCCCGCAUACUGGGUCGCUGGCAAGAACGAGGCCAAGGGUAGCUUGAUCUGGAAGGGUGCCGUGUACAACACUACCGACAGCGCUGAUGUUGAUAUUAACCUCGCGUUUGAGGGUGUCACUGCUGGCACUACUGCCUCCUUGACUGUUCUGACGAAUCCCAGCGGCGACCCGUUCGCGCACAACGAUCCCCUCAACGGUGGCGAGACUACUGUCGCUAGCAACACUACUACUGUCGUUGCCAACGCCGAUGGUGUCUUCACCUUCAGUCUGCCUGAGCUUAGCGUUGCUGUUCUUGAUACUGAGGGUUCCAAGGGUAACCAGACUGCCCGCGCUAUCAGACGCUUCCACGCAUAA